UCUGCCACUCACAAUGUGGCGGAUGUCAGCGGUCACGUGCAUCUGACCAGCUGAUCGUGACGUCAGGAAGCAACAUGGCGGACUGGAACAGAGGUCAUGGCUCUGUCGACAACAUGCUGGAUGCUGGAAACAAACGACUGGCUGAUAACUUGGCCAGCAAAGUCUCCCGACUGAAAUCGCUGGCUUAUGACAUUGACAGAGAGGUGGACGAUCAGAACGACUACUUAGACAACAUGGACUCAAACUUCAUGAGUGCAACAGGCCUGUUGAGCGGCAGUGUGAAGCGGUUUUCCACAAUGGUCCGAUCUGGCAAAGACAAUCGACGCCUCCUCUGCUAUGUCUCUGGAGGGCUGGUCCUGGCCUUCUUUCUUCUCUAUUACCUGGUUUCCAGGAUCCAGACCUGAUUUCAGGAGAACAUCGUCAACCCGUGUUGAUGUGAAACUCACACUGACAAACUGAUAGGCAUGAGCCUAAGAUCCUCAUGCUAAGAAAACACCUUUUUGAUCAAAAGAAAUUGGAUGUAUAUAUGUGUAUGUUUAGCUGAACUGAUGUGCAGCAGUUGGUAUUUGCUAUGUCAUUUGGGGAAACUAUAGUGGGUGUUGUUAUGCUAAAGAGCUGGAAACAUGUCAACAGGUCGAUGCUUCCAGGAGCUGAGCGAUUCCAAAGUGGAGCAGAAACGAGGCUUCAUUCAAACACAUCAAGGAGAAACAACUAACUGUUAUCUGCUAGGUCAAGCAUUCAGUCCAGGAUCUAUAUGAUGUUUACACCUUGUGAUUCUUUGAGAAGCAUCUAAACGGAAUGGUUGACCCACUGCCGUCAUGCUUCUGGUCCACCUGAGAUUUAAGUAAGCAGACUGAAUUUACAAAGUACUAGUCAUGGAACCUAAGCAGCCAUGAAAGUAGGGUGGGUGUAACAAUAAGGCUGAUCACAUGCUCAGUAGAACAUGUGAUCACAGCUACAGCACACCAGGCUGGGAUGCAACAAGAGCAGUAAAACAUAAUGAUCAUACGGUCAGGUGUGUAUUAAUUUGCUGAUUUACUUUUUUUUUUUAUCCCAAGUUAUAGAAAUAAUAAUCAGGGAUGCUUUUGGUCUUUAUAUUGCUAUGAAAGAAUUACCACUUGAAAUGAUUGAAUAACUUCUUGGCAAUAUGAAAACUUGAGUCCUGUGCAAACAAAUUUAUCUUCAGUAAACAUUUGAUGCUGGUCACAAAAAUUCCUGUUUUGUCGUGAAAAGGUCAUUUCUUUUUGGAGAAAAAAAAAGGUUUGUGAGCUCAUAAAGUAAUAGCGGCUUAAAACCCGGUAUUUUGUUUGAUUUGAUUUAUGUAUGGUUUUUAAAAGCAAGAAAAAAAGCAAUGCAUUCUGUUCAAUUUAAUCCUUCAGUAUGAGUGUGUCAGGCUGAUUAAUACUUGUUAGUGGAGUCACAAGAGAACUAGGCUGGUGCGUUUCAGAACCACUGAUAAACUAAAUAGCUCUACAAAUUAAUUUAUCAUUCCUAUCAGCAAACUUACUCACAAUAAGUGUAACCAUAUUGUAAUUUCCAUGUUCUUUUUUUAUGUUUUACUGUGUUUACUUCACCAAUUAUUAUCACCCAUCAUUAAAUUUCCAGUUGGUUUUUAUCUUAAUUUAUUUCUAAGCAUCCAUAAUAGAAAGUUUAGAGAACUGGAUUUUUUUUGUAUUUCUCAACGCCCCCAAGUUUCCAGGUUCUUUAGGCAUGUGUUAGUUUUAACAGCAGACGUUUAUUUACUGAUUGAUCAAUAUUCAUCAUUAGCAAAUUACAACACAAUCUUCUUUUUUAGACACUAGGUCAGCUGUCUCAAACUCCAGUCCUGCAACUUUUAGAUGUGCCUCUGCUGCACCACACCUGAAAAGAAUAAUUAGGCCAUUAAGGCUCUGGAGAACUGAUCUACACAAGAAUGAGGUCAUUAACUCAUUUCAUUCCCGCGUUUUGUACCUGUGGCACAUCUAAAAACUGCAGGACAGCGGCCCUCGUGGACUGGAGUUUGAGACUCCUGCCUGAAGUGUUGAGAAAAUAAAGCUGGAAGGUUUAGAUUUGAAACUUUUUCUGAUAAAUUGAUACAGUCUAAUAGGAAACUCUUGAUAUGUAAUGCUUAAUUUAAUAUGGAUGAAAUUCAAACUGAUUUUUCUCAAUAUGUUUAAUGUACUGUGCAACAUACUGUCUGCUUUCAAUUCCUUCCUGCUAUCAGAUUACCUAAAUGAAUUACUCUACCAGUAAAUAAAUGUUUCUCAAUAA